AUGAAAGCCAUACAAGUCACGAAAUAUGUCUCCGGACCUCAGGAGCUGUCCGUUACUACCCUCCCUACUCCAACACCCGACCCGACGAAAUACCUGAUCAGAAUUCACGCCUGUGGUGCGAACUUCUUUGACUUGCUCCAGAUUCAAGGCAAAUACCAGCAUCAACCGCCUUUGCCAUGGAUAUCUGGUAUGGAAUUUGCCGGCGUUGUCCUUGCAACUCCUACCUCAGCCAAAGAGACCUCAGGCACCGUUCUGAGCAGUGUCGACGGCACUGUCAACUCCAGGAUACACCACCGAUUCAAGGUCGGCGAUAGAGUAUUUGGUGGUUUCCACGGUGCUUACGCAUCACAUAUACUAGCACCUGAGUCCUCACUGUUCCCCAUUCCUGAAGGGUGGACCUUCGCAGACGCCUGCGGUGUCUUCGUGACUACUCCCACCGCCUACGGCGCUUUGGUAACACGCGCAAAGACACAACCUGGCGAAUGGGUAUUAGUACACGCCGGGGCAGGCGGUGUAGGACUAUCAGCUGUGCAAAUUGCGAAGGCUCUGGGAGCCACUGUCAUUGCAACGGCAGGCACCGAGCGCAAGAGACAGGUCUGUUUGGACUACGGAGCGGACUACGUGGUCGACUACCGGGACAAGAGUUGGCCACAGAAGGUGAUAGAGCUUUGCACAAAACACAGAACAGGAAAUGGCCAGGCUGGUGUGGAUGUUGUGUAUGAUCCUGUCGGCAUGAUCGACACAUCGAUCAAGUGCAUCGCGUGGAACGGCCGGCUGUUAGUGAUUGGGUUUGCCGGAGGCAACAUAGAAAAGGUGGCCCUGAACAGAGUCCUUCUCAAGAACAUCUCCAUUGUUGGCCUGCAUUGGGGGAUGUACUCAAAGAAGGAGCCAGAGACGGAGCCAGUUGUAUGGCAAGGUAUAUUUGACAUGAUAAAGGCUGGUAAGCUCCGGGGCAUCACUUAUACCGACAAGCAAUACAAGGGGUUGGAGAAGGUGCCUCAGGCGUUGAUCGAUCUUGGGGCCCGCGACACAUGGGGCAAGGUGGUGGUUGAACUAGGGGAACAUGAGGGUGAAGACGGGAGGAGUAAGCUAUAA